AUGGACCACUCACUCUUCUUGUUGUUUGGCGAUGAUGUGAUUCAAUUCAAUUUUAAUUUGAAAGAAGUUCAGCCAUCGAAAUUAGUAACAGUACAGCUAUGUAUCCUAUUUUGCUGUGGAUUUGACUGUACCGUAAAGAAUGGCAUAUCAGCUCCAAACUCGCUGAUGCAAGGGUGGCCAGGCAAAGAGGGGUCGGGUCCAUCGACAACAGCAGGUUAG